ACGUAGGCUGGCGGAGGAGAAAAACACAGACAACCCUCCAACACUGGGAGAUAAGGGGGAGAAAGAAAUAGGUUUAUUAUUGUUGGAGAAAUAGCGGGUGGUUGUUUUCAGCAGUGCUGUUUUCAGCAGUGCUGUUUUCAGCAGUGCUCCACGCAGACGGAGGCAGAGCAGUAAUGUAUACAGCGGGCGGUGGGCUGAGGAUGCACAAUAGAGCAUCUCACACACCGUGUUUAAUUGCGGAUUAGAGCAGAGGGGGAGGAUAGGGAGGAGGAGGAGGGGGGGGGGAGCACAACAAGGAAGGCGAAGAGACGCUUUUUAUUAUUAGGAGAAAAGCGGAGGGGGGAGACAGCGAGAGCGUGAGCCCGGAGACGGCACAGACCGUGGCGGGGGGACGGGAGAGAAGAAGACACCGACACCGACAGUCGGCAGCGUCGCUCGGAUGGUGUUGUUGUUGCUCCGGACGCGGCGACGAUGCGGCCACACUGCUGGGUGGUGGUAGUGCUGGCGGGGAUCAUGUCGUACUUCAGCCCGGAGAGAGCCCUCGGAGCCCCGCAGAGGGAAGUUUCUCAGACCAGGGCUGCAUCCCUCUCUCCUCCACCCUACGUCGUCAUCCUCAUCUCUUGCUCGGGGCUCGUCUCUUUUGUCCUGCUGCUCCUGACCUGCCUGUGCUGUAAGAGAGGAGGAGUGGGAUUCAAUGUAAGUCUUCAACAUGAGUUUGACAAUGCAGAUGGGGAGGAGUGCUCUGGAGGCUCCAGUCCCAUCCAGGAGGACAGCCUGUCGUCAUGUCCCUCCCUCCCUGAGGUCUACACCUUGCCAGUCAGAGACAGGCCCAACUGCUCUGCCCUGCAGGAUGGAGCAGACUCCAAGUCUCAGUGCUUCAAAAGACACACUUUAAACUACCUUCAGGAGAUAGGAAAUGGCUGGUUUGGAAAGGUGAUCCUGGCUGAAGUGCUGUGUGACUGCAGCUCCUCUCAGGCCGUGGUGAAGGAGCUGCGUGUCAGUGCCAGCCCUCUGGAGCAGAGGAAGUUCUUGGCAGAGUCUGAGCCGUACAGGAGCCUUAAACAUCCCAACAUCCUUCAGUGUUUGGGGCAGUGCAGUGAGAGCAUCCCCUUCCUCCUGGUUAUGGAGUUCUGUCAACUGGGUGACCUGAAGAGGUAUCUGCGAGCCCAGCGCAAGGCAGAUGGGAUGACCCCUGACCUGCCGACUCGGGACCUCUUGACUCUUCAGAGAAUGGCUUUUGAGAUCACCUCGGGUCUCCUGCAUCUCCAUGAAAACAACUACAUCCACAGUGAUCUGGCUUUAAGAAACUGCCUGCUGACCUCAGACCUAACUGUUAGGAUAGGCGACUAUGGCCUUUCACAUAACCAUUAUAAGGAGGACUAUUACCUAACUCCAGACAAGCUAUGGAUCCCAUUACGCUGGAUUGCUCCUGAGCUGCUGGAGGAGUACAGAGGAGCUCUCAUUGUUACUGACCAAACCAAGACCAGCAAUGUGUGGUCCUUGGGGGUGGUUAUAUGGGAGCUGUUUGAGUUUGGCUCUCAGCCCCACAGACACCUGAGUGACGAAGAGGUGCUGACGUUUGUCAUUAGGGAGAGACAGAUCACCUUGGCCCAGCCCAGACUCAAACUCUCCCAUGCAGACUACUGGUAUGAGAUCAUGCAGUCCUGCUGGCUACCUCCAUCCCAACGCCCUUCUGUAGCGGAGAUAUUCCUCCUCCUCUCCUCCCUCCUGGCCGCUGAGCGAGAAAUGGUGAGGGGGAGUGUCGGGGAAGAAGAUGAAGAGGAUGAGGAAUAUGAGGAGGGCAGAGGACGGAGAGGGGAGAGCGAGGAGUCGUUUGAAAGACGCUGGGACUUACUCCGUCCACCUGCCUUCCAGACUGGAGCAAACGAGCGGCAAAGGGAGCGAGAGUACGUCAGGGAAGACAGAGAUAACUCCUACCCCCUACUGGACCCUGUGGGGAACUGUAUCACCCCGUCCUCAUCUGAACUGGAUGACAUCCUGACAGUCACUGAAACUAGCAAAGGCUUGAACUUUGAGUAUUUCUGGGAGAAGGCUCAUGCCAGACGAGGCUACAAACCGCUUCCUCCUCCUCAGCCAAUCCCGACUGUGAACAAUAACCACAGACAGUCUUUAGACACUCCCACUGUGGUCCCAGUGAUAAGCGCCCGCAGUCCUUCCCUUGCCAGCGAGUACUACAUCAGAUUAGAGGAGCACACUCCCCAGGACAAGUCACCAACUCUUAAAGGGAAGACUCAGUCCUCUUUCCGUUCUGACUCAAUUUGCCGUGGAGACAUGGAGCUGGUGGAGAUUCGCAGUGGAAUGCUGGGAAAAGAGCGAGUCCCCUAUUGUUUUUCUGACAAGUGUGGAAAGGGUCUCCAGACCGUUAGAUCAAGUGAGGUUCAACUCCAGGUGCCCAACACAGGUAUGGCUGAAUUCAGAGACACUUCGAGCAGAGUGACUGACUUCUCAGUAGUUGAUUUAGGGGAUGAUGAUGAAGAGGAGAAUAAAAACAGUGAGGCAGAUAAAAAAUCAUCCAUGGGUUCUCAAGCCCCGGUCCUUCCUCCCAAGCCUCGCUCCAUGUCCAUGUCAUCAGCCAACCACCUUCACUCGCGCCCCCUCCCCGCCCCUCCGCUCGGAUAUAGAGGACUGCCUCACUACACCAUCACUGGAAAAAUCGAAACAGACCCCCAUCUCAUGAGCACCUGCCCACCUUCUACCUUUGAUCACCUGGGACUCCAUCGGGCUCGACAGACUCUACCCCCAUCCCCGUCCCUCUCCCCCUCCCUUCCCCCAUCGAGCCAUCCAAUUUACUCCCAGCCUCCUCAAAUGUGUCCUCCACCUCUCCCUCCCCACUCCAAACCACAAAGAAUCUGCCCCAGCUACAACACAGCAGGCACUUAUUCAAGAUACAGUAAGCCGCAGAUGCAGAGAUCCAAUAGAGACCCACUAUCCUGUGACUUGUCUGACAGAGAGGGUGGUACCAGGCACUUAGCAUCAUUGCACAACUCCAAGGAGACUUCUCAUUCUCGUGCAAAAGACUUUGACUCUCCUGUUCGUCGAGAAAACCCAUUGCGCCCUAUUUAUCGCAAUUUACCCCGCCCUCAGCCCACAAACCCCCAGCUUGACAGACAGUCUUCAUCCAGUCCCACCUACUCAGAUGAGGAUGACUCUCCCUUUAUGUCCCCUGAGAGACCCAGCGGUGGGACUACUGUCACUCACUCCAACCUAUCUGAAGAGACAGACCCAGCCUGUGCAGAGCUCUUCUCCAGGGGAAUGAAAAGGACUCAGUCACGCCUUGACACCAUCCUGCCUAGCAUUUGGAAGGAAGAUGCUGAACUUCAGGCAGAUCGUGUGGCCGCUGCCAAGAAAUCCCCCAUGCAUCUGUUUCUGACAGAGAUAUCUAGUGUGACAGAGUCUAGUGAGUGCAAGUCAGAGGCUUCAUGGGAAGAAGAGAAGGAGGAGAAAAGAGAUGGUGAGAGAUGGGGGAACUUUGUGCUGCCCAACAGAGGGAUGCGCCGCUCUCAGUCACUGAUCACAGAGCUGGGGUCAGCAGGACAGUCAUGGGGGCCAGAGAAACGGACCAACAAGACAGGAGCUGAGGAGGACAAUACAUUCACUAAAGAAUCAUUCCAGAGGGAUCUUUUCCUCACAGAGAUCGACACAGGAAGGAUGGACACGGAUCUGGAGGGAGGAUCAGAAGGUGAUCCAGUAAAAUACCUCUAUCCUCCAGGAUCCAGAUUGCGGCCCUAUGUCUGUGCUCCAGGUCUCCCCUCAUACACAGAGGCUGAGGAAGCCUAUUCAAAGGGUAUUCGUAGAUCCCGCUCUCUCCUCUCUGAGAUCACCAUCGGGAAGCAGGAGUCUGAAGUGCAGCAGACUGAGAAGGAGCCUCGGAGAACAGAAAUGACCAGGGAGGAGUUCCUGAAGGAGAUCCAAUCAGCUGAGACCUUUCUGACUGAAAUCAUAUCUAGACAAAACGCUGCCGCAAACAGAAAGCAAACAGACUCAUCUAGCUCCCCUACUCCCCUGUCUCCUGAAUAUGAAUCCAUAUGCAUUGACCCGAACUCCACACAGACCAUCAGAUUUAAGUCAGAUAGCUCCAUACGAGCAAAAGGCAAAGAUGAUACACAAACUGAGGCCAUCUACGCCCAAGUGACCAAGCGCGCUAAAAAGAGUGAGAUAAAGGUUUCUAUGAGACCGGAGAUCCCAAUCCUUCAUAUAGGAUCAAAUAAACAACCUCUUAAACUGGAGAGCCAAGGAAGCGAUGCUGACCACUGCCAAUCUGGUGACUUUGUAUUUUCAGAAAUCAUGCCAAAAAAUGGUCUUCUGCACAACCAAACACUUGCAUGUCAAAAAGAAGAGGAGGAGUGUUCAGACGGCCCUGCCUUACCUGCCAGAGGAGAGCAAACAGAUCUUGUAGAGCACUCUCCUUCUGAGUCCACUGAGGGUGUUAAGGAAUGUAACACUGUGCUACUGCGUGAGAACAAAUCCCUAAUUACAAAUGAAACAGAUAGUCAAAAGGCUGCUGUUAUAGGGAAUGGUGAGAUAAUGAAAGAAGACGUACAGGCCAGCAGCCCUGAGAGAGGAGAUCAAACAUGUGGAAAGACCGAUACCAUGUCUUAUGAUCAUGAUAAAGAAAAGUACCACACUGAUAAAGUUCCUACAGUGGACUCUGAACACAUGACAGCAGAUGAUGAUUUGGAGAACUCUAAAAAUUUGGGUUCUCAAAAUAAUGAUGAAAGAGAAAAUUUACUUCGACACAAUGACACUGGUCAAGAAAAACACUGUCACAUUGCCCCAAAGGCACCCACUCCUGCUGCCACUCCAACCACUCCAGACUGGGACCCAUCCUCUGAUGUCUCACUUGUCACCCCGACCGACUCGGCCCUGUCACCUAUGACUUCCAGCUCAGCCGACUGCCUCACACCUAGUGACUCAUGGACGAGCGGUGGAGGAGAAGUGGGAAACGGUGGGUGGCGAGCUCUGGGAAAUGAAACACCGCAUCGAGACUCUGCCUAUUUCUCAGACAGUGAGUGGGAGGGGGACGGGAUGAACAGGAGGAGCAGCGAUGGACUUAUUGCUUCCAGGCCGAGCAGCGGUCGAGGAGGGGAUAGGGGAACGCUGACAGGGAUAGAGGAAAAAACUGAGGAGGAGGGAGAGAUGGGAGAAAAGAGCCCCUUAAGAAAUAGUACACAGAUGUCAGAUAACAAAGGUGAAUCUGGAGAAAAGACAACUAUUGAGAUAUGUGAGGAAACGAGUACUCAAAAUCAAAAUGCUUCAGAAAAUGCCAUCUCUCAUUUAGGUGAUGACAAAGAUAUUCUAAACAAAGGGCUGGAGUCAUCGCAGAGAGACGAUUCUGGCAUUUUCCCAAACGAGAGCAAAAAGUCAACACUGCUGAGUGAUGAUCAUCAGGCCAAGGACUGUGUUGACUUAAUUGAUAAGUUGUUCUCAGAAUUAGAUGAUGAGCCACUAAAAGGGCUCCCGCACAGCGGUGGGUAUACAAUAGACAACCAGUUCACAGAUGGCAUCAUCUCUCAGAUGACAGAUUGCAAAUACCGGGACGCUGCAGAGAAUGAUUUAAAUCUACAUUCCAAGAGCCUUGCUGGGACAAAUAUUUUGAUCGAGUCUAUAUCUGGCAGCCAGUCAAAGGAUUGCAUGUUAAGGCCCAGCAACAAUGAUUACACAAGUGUUACAGAGAUGGAUAUUGAUCUCUCUGCAAUGAACUCCCUCAAAUGUGGAAAUGAUACUGUUGAAUCUGUAACACCAUCCCAAGUUGACAACAGAGAGUCAAGAUUAUCUAAACUGUACGGCAUUCAAACCAGUGAUGCCACAUCUAACAAUGAAAUCCCAUCUGUAGUUGAGCCAAGUGAUGAUGGGAAGUCUGUCUAUGAUAAAGUGAGUGGUCUGAUGUGUCCCUCUUGGGCUGAGGAGGGUGUUGAAGAGCCUGAGAGACGUGAAGAAAGGCCUGGUCUAGACCACAACGAACUGGGCCUGAGAAACCUGCGCUGCUCAGACGUCAGCGAGGACAAGAAGGUCACGACAGACACAGAGAAACAGCUGGCUGCCGCAGAGCUGAGUAACGCCAUGAAGGAAAAAUCGCCCCUGAGAGGAGCAGCAAGUCGAAUGGACUCUGCUAACAGUGUGGAUAAAGACUCCUGUGAGGGCCUGGAUGUAAAAACUAAAGAGUUAUGGAGCGCCCUAGAGGAGGAUGAAGGAUGUACAGGCUCUGGUGUGGUAAGAGGAGAGUUUGACUGCCAGCGUUUCUCACAGUCAAGCGACUUACGCCUGUGGCCUGAUGAAAAUGACCAGUGGGCCUCUCCAGAGAGGAGGUGCCAAGACAUUGAACUGAGAUCUGAAUUUUUCUCCGGAUUCAGUAACAAGACCUGGGAGGUAGGGGAAAGGCUUGUUGUCGGUCAGGAGUUUUGGGAGACUGACGAAAAUGAUGAACUUGCGGAAAGUGAACCUCACCCUGCUGUCUUGGAGGGAUGUGAAGAAACCUGGAAUAAUGAAACACAAGGAUUUGCUGGUAAUAAUGCCAUGAAGGAAAAGUGGGAAGAUGAUGAUGACCAACAGACUGUCCAAGUGGAAGACAUACAACAGGAGGAGAAUAUUGAGAACCUAGGAGAAAUUGGCCGUUUUAACGAAGACCUGAAAAGAGAAAUCUCAGAUAUUGAAGUAGAGAAUAUAGAAAUCCCAGAGCAGGAGACCUUGGAGCAAGGAGAGAGGCAGAUUUCUUCAUGCACAGAGACAGUCAGGGACAGAGAAGGUCUGCUAGACUCCACAGAGACAGAGGGAAAUCAAAAUUUUAACAGGUGGCCUCAGAAUCACCUCUGCAACAUUCAAAAAGAGGGACAGACAUCAGCUGAGCAUGCUGACAAAGAAUCUAAUUUAGAGAACGACUUCAGUCACACUUUAGAGAAUAAAAGCUCAAAUAUAUCUAUUUGCAUCACCGAAGCUUCUCGUGUGAACUCUUCAGACCUUGUUGAAUCAGGCUUAGAUUCAGAGGAUGCAAUGAGCCCACGGCUUGCAAGGCAACACAUAGAAGAUAGAGUAAGCAUUAUGAACGUAGAGGAGGUUUACAGAGACUUGUCUCUUCCACCCAAUCCUAUCUCUUGUCCCAGUGACCUUGAUGUGCAGGAGGAGAUAGAUCAGUCAUAUCCACAGGUAGACAAUUUCAGUUCAGUAGAUUUUCCUAGUCCUCCACCAAGCAUAGACCUUGAUGUGCAAGAUGAUAAAUUGGAGAGUUUAGACGACUCUUUUCCUAGUCCGCCGCCAUCUGUUGAAGAGGAAGAGGAGUUUAUUAGUCACAUUAAUCUAGAAGACGUUAUUGCUAGUACUGAAACAGUGCCGUAUAUUUCCCCAACACACAACACAGAUGUCUCAGAGCCACCUGCUACAAUUCAGAGUAUAGGGAUCUCAGCCAAUCUGAACCUCCCCUCUGUGUAUAUAACACUGGCCGAUGAGAACGACCUUACGCCCAACAUAGAAAAGCAGGAUGAACAUAAUAAUCUGUUCCAGAAAACAUCAUCUGCCACCCCAUCUUCACCCCAAGUUCCCCUCAACAAUCUCCCAGAAUUACUGAUUUCUGAGUGGAAAGAUUUGGAUGAGGAGCCCCUGGAGGAUUUUGAAAAACUGGAACAACUGUGCUGCAUAUCUGGGGAUGAGGAGGACUCUCUGGGCAACCUUUUUCUGGGCAACCUGGAGCUCCUGGAGUCUUUGAAGAAAACACCUGAUCAGAAAGGCUGUAGAGUUGGCGAUAGUGAUACAGGUGAAGAGAUAUGUGGCUCCUCUACUCCCGAGGGGAGCAGGAUGGAUUUAAAGGAAGACGGGAUCUUUGAUAACUCUGAUAAGUUGGCAGAGUCUGCACCACAUGUGAUCCUCGAUUCACAGGAGAAACUGUCACCUCGAGAGGAGAGGAAUGAUGGCAAGAGAUCCCCAGGCCAAACAUCUGAUGUCAAAGACCAGGGAUCUCUCUCGAAGAUGACAACAAAGAAUGGCCUUAUGAUGCAGGUGUGUGAGGAGAGGCUGCAGUACUCCCUCUGUGAAAAUGUGAAAACAAAUGUGCUUUGGGGGUCGACUGUUAAAGACACAGUUAUGCUGCGGCCCUGGGGGGAACAAAUCACAGAGAACAGCAGUGAGCUUGUCACUGUGAAAGAACAAAAAGAGGAUGAAAGCCACGAGGAGCAGGAAAGUUCCCCCAGCAUUCAGCUGCACACCGAGUCUGAUGAAACGAAAGCUGAGCCACUCACUGUGAUUGAACAACCUGAGGUCACAACCCCUCAGCCUACUGUAAACCUGGCAAUGAAAGCAAAACUAGCUCGUCUGUCCCUCGCUCUCCCUCCUCUCACUCUGACUCUUCCCCUCAUCCCCACCGGUAAAGGAGGAUUUGGCGAUGGUGCGAUUGGAAAUCGGAUCGGAAGACGGAGAGGUCUGUCCUCGGGAAGCGACCCUGACGAUGAGGAGGAGGAUGAGCAGGAGGACGAAAGCUCCCGGACGGUGAUUGUUGUCACAGAAACAGACGUGGACAAACGUGUCGGGCUGAGGAGUCUGCUGAAAUCACCCAAGGAACCGAUGGACAGAGAGAAGGACAGAGGAAGAAAUGUGUCCUUUUUUGAUGAUGUCACGAUCUAUCUUUUUGAUCAGGAAACUCCAACCAAUGAGUUGGGCACUUCAGCGCCCACUAGUCGAGCCCCAGUGUCUGUCAAGAGCACCAAGUUGGAUUUUCGUGGGCCAAACAUGAAGAGCAAAGAAUCAAAAAGGAAAGAUGAUUUAUCAAUCAAACCAAGGUCGCCUGUGGGGGCCAAUCCAGUGACAUCGUCGCGCUUCACUGUCAGCCCUGCCAACGAUCCCCACUUGGCAUGAUGUCAUAUGUCAUCGUGGGAACCUUUAGAGCUGAACCCUCUUGGACUGGCCAGUGAAUUAACCCCAACAACCAGCCAUUCACCCAGAGGCUAUUUUUUUAUUGAAUAGGCAACUGAAAGAAUGAGAAUCCCGUUUUAAAAGCUGGACACAUUCCAGGUUUUACCAGCAACAGGAUUUUGUAUGGGGUUGUUGUGCUCCUGCCUGCCACUAUUUACAGAGUUUAUUCAUGGCCUUUGGCUACAAAAGUCUUUGGAAAAGGCAGCAUAUGCUAGGACAAGAGGAGCCUGGAGCUUUGUAAAAUCUGAAACAGAUUUGACAGCUAUGCAGUGGGAGUCUUGCUGUGUACCAGCUUACCUUCUCUUUUUCUGCUUAAUUUUGUUGUAUUAUUCCCCAGAUGUGCGGGGAAUGCACUUUCCUUAGUCAUUCAUCUGUCUAUGUAAACUCUUGGAUUCCAGUCCUCUCUUUAUUAAAGAAGUUUUUCAUUGCAGUCAGUCAGUUGUUCUUGUAAGCAGCAGUUUGGAACAGAAAUCGCUUGACUCCUGUAUUUGAGAAUACUCCUUUGCAUUUGUACAAAUAUCAUAAUACAAGUGUAUACAAUAUCAUUUUAGAGCUGUUUACUUUUAGAUGUAUUCUUAGACUGCACGAAAAAUGAAACAAGCUAUGCUUCUUUAUACUUUUGGUUCUACAAAGAUUUCUCUUACGUUAUUACUAUUUAUUUAUAUGUUAUAUAGUUUUAUUUAUUUAUGUAAAGCCAGUUUCCAUGCAAUAUUUUAUUUAUUUGAUUAUUUAUUUACUUAUUUAUUAAUCAGUUUAUUUAUGUGGUUUUCUGCAAUUAACAUGUAUUAACUUAGCUAUAAUUUGUUUGGGACAGAAUGCAUCUAGGUUAUACCUUCUCUAAGAUCUUCAUAACAAAUAAAUCAAAAUAUUUUCCCAAACGUCUUAAUUGCUAAAAAACUAUUUUGUAUAAUUUAACUUGUUAAUAUAUGCCGAUCUGUAUGGAACUAUGUCCUGUAAUGUGUCAUUAUUUUCCAAUGUCUAUGAAUUUUUAGCUGUCUUGUCAUUCUUUUACCUUGUUUAAUGACAGUUAAUGUAGCUUAGCAUGAAAAAUCAAAGCCUUUCAUCAGUAAAUAACUCCAUUUGUUUGUGUAUCUGUUAAUUUACCCCAUUUUCUACUAAUAACAGUCCAUCAUGCAGUCGAGGUCCAACUAGUACAUUUGUUUAGUCUGUUUAAAUGUUGGUUUAAAACCUGUAUUGUUUAAAGAAUGGUUUUCAAGGGAUAAUGUAUAAACAAGGGGAAAUAAAAACUUCAAAAUGUGAA